AUGGAUACCGAAUCGCCACCGAUUUCGUCUCCUGAUUCACCAUCACAAACUUACAACAGCGUGUCCCGUCAGCGUUUUGUCUACAAGCCAAGAAGAUUGCAUUUUUUCAAAGAGAAUGCGGUUAAAGAGCGGCCUAUCGAUUCAACAACGCCAUCAGAGAGUGCAAUGGACACGGAGACAAGUGAAGUUCCACAAGAGCAGCAAACUGGUGAAACAGGUGACGCUGGUGACAAUUAUCCAAUCACAUUAGUGGGGUCAGACGUGGGUCAGCAGCCAUCGGACACUGGAAAUGUAGUCCAGGAAGAUACCUCUUCGAUCGAGGGUAGCAUUCCGCUUGAAGCGGUUCCAAGCAUGGAUGUCACACCAGUGGAAACUGAAGGCAACGACAAUCUCAGCGAGGUUUGUUGGAACAGU